AUGGAACUGAAUGAUGCCGACCUACAAAUCCUCACAGAGUACCUCAGAAAAACGCUGAACCCAGACCCGACUGUCAGACGUCCAGCUGAAAAGUUUCUUGAAUCCGUGGAGGGAAAUCAGAACUACCCUUUACUACUCCUCACUUUGCUCGAAAAGUCCCAAGACAAUGUUAUCCGGGUCUGUGCAGCGGUUACAUUUAAAAACUAUAUCAAAAGGAACUGGCGAAUUGUUGAAGACGAGCCCAACAAAAUUUCUGAACAUGACAGAACAUCAGUCAAAGCAAAUAUUGUUAAUCUGAUGCUAAGCAGUCCUGAACAGAUUCAGAAACAGUUAAGUGAUGCCAUCAGCAUCAUCGGAAGGGAAGACUUCCCUCAGAAAUGGCCGGACCUUCUAACAGAAAUGGUGACACACUUCAGAAGCGGAGACUUCCAUAUUAUUAAUGGUGUGCUCCGCACUGCGCACUCUCUCUUCAAGAGGUAUCGUCAUGAAUUUAAGUCAAAUGAGCUUUGGUCUGAGAUCAAACUAGUUCUUGAAACAUUUGCCUUGCCUCUGACUGAGUUGUUCAAGGCUACUAUUGAGUUGUGUCAGACUCAUGCCACUGAUGUCAAUGCCUUGAAAGUCCUCUUCUCGUCACUCACACUGAUCUCCAAACUGUUCUACAGUCUUAACUUUCAGGACCUUCCUGAGUUUUUUGAAGAUAACAUGGAAACCUGGAUGACAAAUUUCCAUGCACUUCUGACUUUGGAUAAUAAACUAUUGCAAACAGAUGACGAGGAGGAAGCAGGUCUCCUUGAGCUCUUGAAAUCGCAGAUAUGUGACAACGCUGCGCUUUAUGCUCAAAAGUAUGAUGAAGAGUUUCAACCAUAUCUUCCACGUUUUGUCACUGCCAUCUGGAACCUUUUAGUUUCUACGGGACAGGAAGUUAAAUAUGACCUGCUCGUGAGCAACGCUAUCCAAUUUUUGGCUUCAGUUUGUGAAAGACCACAUUACAAAAAUCUAUUUGAGGAUCAGAAUACACUAACGAGCAUAUGUGAGAAGGUCAUUGUGCCCAAUAUGGAGUUCAGAAGUGCGGAUGAGGAGGCUUUUGAAGAUAACUCUGAAGAAUACAUCCGUAGGGACCUUGAAGGCUCUGACAUCGAUACUCGUCGCAGGGCAGCCUGUGACUUGGUAAGAGGCCUUUGUAAAUUUUUUGAGGGGCCGGUCACAGCUAUAUUCUCUGGGUAUGUGAACUCAAUGCUGGCAGAAUACGCAAAAAACCCUGGUGCCAACUGGAAGCACAAAGAUGCUGCCAUCUAUUUAGUCACGUCACUGGCAUCCAAAGCACAGACUCAGAAGCAUGGAAUAACCCAAGCCAAUGAACUGGUGAAUCUGACUGAGUUCUUUGUAAAUCACAUUCUCACAGACCUAAAAUCUGCUAAUGUCAAUGAAUUCCCAGUGUUGAAAUCAGAUGCCAUCAAGUAUGUGAUGAUCUUUAGAAGCCAGCUACCUAAGGACCAACUGCUACAGGCAGUUCCUCUUUUAAUAGCUCACCUACAGGCAGCGAGCACUGUUGAACACACAUAUGCUGCCCAUGCUUUAGAGAGGCUGUUUACUAUGAGGGGCCCAAACAAUACAACACUUAUCUCUGCUGUAGAGAUGGCACCUUUUACUGACAUGCUCCUCACCAACCUCUUCAAUGCAAUGACACUUCCUGGUUCAUCGGAAAAUGAAUACAUCAUGAAAGCCAUCAUGCGAAGCUUUUCGCUGCUCCAGGAAUCCAUUGUUCCUUACAUUCCCACUCUAAUUGAUCGGCUCACUAAGAAGCUUCUCUUAGUCAGCAAGAACCCCAGCAAGCCUCACUUUAAUCACUACCUGUUUGAGUCUCUUUGCCUAUCUGUCCGGAUCACUUGCAAGGCUAACCCCGCCACUGUUGGCAGCUUCGAGGAAGCUCUCUUCCCUGUUUUCACAGAGAUCCUACAGAACGAUGUCCAGGAGUUUCUCCCGUAUGUAUUCCAAGUGAUGUCUCUCCUUUUGGAGAUGCAUUCCAACUCAAUUCCCUCUUCCUACAUGGCUUUAUUCCCUCACCUGCUGCAGCCUGUGUUGUGGGAACGCACGGGAAACAUUCCCCCUCUGGUGCGCCUGCUGCAGGCCUACAUGGAAAAGGGGGGAGCCACUAUUGCUGCAUCUGCUGCUGACAAAAUCCCUGGACUGCUUGGUGUUUUUCAAAAGCUAAUUGCCUCCAAGGCCAACGACCACCAAGGAUUUUACCUGCUCAACAGCAUCAUCGAGUACAUGCCCCCAGAGUCCCUCACCCAGUACACGAAACAUAUCUUCAUUUUGCUCUUCCAGAGACUACAAAGCUCCAAAACCACCAAGUUCAUCAAGAGUUUCUUGGUAUUUGUCAACCUCUAUUGUGUGAAGUAUGGAGCUAUUGCACUGCAGGAGAUUUUUGACAGCAUCCAACCAAAAAUGUUCGGGAUGGUGUUGGAGAAAAUCAUUAUUCCAGAGGUUCAAAAAGUGUCUGGAUCAGUUGAGAAAAAGAUCUGCGCUGUUGGCAUUACAAAGAUUCUCACUGAAUGCCCUGCCAUGAUGGACACCGAAUAUACUAAGCUCUGGACGCCACUACUCCAAGCCCUUAUUGGUCUCUUUGAGCUGCCCGAAGACGACAGCAUCCCGGAUGACGAGCAUUUUAUUGACAUUGAAGACACACCAGGCUAUCAGACUGCUUUCUCACAGCUGGCCUUUGCUGGAAAGAAGGAGCAUGACCCCAUUGGAGAUGCUGUCGGCAAUCCUAGAAUAUUGUUGGCUCAUUCGCUCCACAAGCUUUCUACUGCCUGUCCUGGAAGGGUUCCAUCAAUGCUGAGUAGCAAUCUGAACGCUGAUGCCCUUCGUUUUCUCCAGGCUUAUUUACAGGGAGCCAAUGUACAGCUGGUCUGA